CAUCUCCUCUCCCCAAAAUUUCCCCCCAAACCCCAUGAAAUCUCCCCCCAUCAACAAAUUCUUGCAGCUCCUCAAACCCAAACCAUCCUCUUCUUCCUCUUUCUCCACAAACCCUAGCUCCAAAUUCAUCCCAAACCACCCCAUCCUCUCCCUCAUCCAGCAGGCCCAAACCCACAAUCACCCAUGCUGCCUCAAAUCCCUCCACGCUCAUUCAAUCACCUCCGGCCUCAUCUCCGACCCCUUCGCCGCUAGCCGAAUCGUCCAAUUCUUCCUCCAAACCCCCAACAGCCUCAACUACACCCUUAGAAUCUUUCACUCCCUCGAAAACCCCGACGUCUACACCUGGAACCUGUUAAUCUCUGCCCACAUAGGCCUCAACUUGCCAGACGCCACCAUCGAGCUCUACUUCAAGUUGCGGGCCAGCGGGGCCCCGCCGAACAAUUACACUUUCGCCCUUUUGGUGAAAUCCUGUAUCCAUGGUAGGAUUCAACCGGGGAGGUUGGCUCAUGGGCAAGUGCUGAAAUGUGGAGCUGAGGACUUGAUUGUGAUCAAGAACUCCCUCUUGAGAAUGUACUGCAGUUUGGGGGUUUUAGAGGAUGCCCGGGUUUUGUUAAAGAGGAGUUUUUCGCUAGAUUUGGUAUCGUGGAAUACUUUGAUCUCGGCUUACGGGAAGAACGGGGAUAUGGAGAUUGCACGGGAGUUGUUCGAUAGGAUGCCGAAGAGAAACUUGGUUUCUUGGAGCGCUUUGGUUGAUGGGUACGCCAGGAAAGGAGAUUUCACCGCAGCGUUGAGGGUUUGGAAUCGGUUUAAAACCGAAGGAGUAGAGCCCGAUGAGGUUAUGUUGGUGAGCGUACUAAAGGCGUGCGCGCAUUUGGGUGAGCUCGACCAAGGAAAAUCAAUACAUUUAUACACGGAUCAGUGUGAUUUUGGAAAGAAAGGAAAUGUGAUUCUAAAAACGGCUAUUAUAGAUAUGUACUGCAAAUGUGGAUGUAUCAAUGAGGCGGUCAAAUUGUUUGAGGCAGUCGAAAUUGGCGAUAUCGUGCUAUGGAAUGCUAUGAUUAGCGGACUUGCAAUGCACGGCGAUAGCCGGAGCGCGCUUAAUCUCUUCAAGAGAAUGAAGCACGAGCAUCCGACUCUGGUUCCAACUAAGUCGACAUACAUAGCUUUAUUGUGCGCGUGCACUCACGCUGGAGUGGUCGACGAAGGAAUUGAGAUAUUUGAGUCCAUGAAGAAUCAAGGGAUUGAGCCUCACAGAGAGCAUUAUGGGUGCAUAGCUGACCUCUUGGGUCGGGCGGGGAGGCUGAGGGAGGCAGAGGAGGUGUUGCUGAGUAUGCCGAUGGAGGCUGAGGCGCCGCAGUGGGGGGCAUUGAUGUCUGCGUGUCGAGUGCAUAAAGAUGUCGAGGUCGGUGAGAGGGUUGGGAGGAGGUUGAUUGAUAAGGAGCCGUUUGAUGGAGGAAGGUAUGUUAUGUUGGGGAAUUUGUAUGGGGAUGUAGGCGAGUGGGAGAAGGCAAAGGAGGUGAGGGGAGAAAUGGAGAGGAAGGGGUUGAAGAAGGAGAUUGGACAUAGCUUAAUUGACUAAGAGAAUGUACAUGAGCUCUUGAAAGUAUGUAAUCUAA